AGAAAGUUUCCCGGGUUAUAAAAGACUUAAUUUUGUGUUUUUUCAAACUUAAGAUUUGCUGCUUUAAAAUAAAAUGCUGACCUUGAAAAACAUAUUGUGUAUUUCACUUUUGAUGCUUGUUAUAAGCAUUGAGAUUAACCUGGCAAAAGAAUGUAAAAUUCCAGAGAACAAUGAGGACAUUCACUGGGAUAAGGUUAAGAAUGACUGGUAUCUGGUGCUACACACCAACGAUGAGGUCAUGAAUGAAGAUGUUAUAGGUGCAAAACUACAGAACUUCUCCAAUACAAAUGAAGGAAUGCAAAUGGUGGUUACUAAUUUACAUGAGAAUUCUCCUCCCCAAACCUUUACAAUUGAUUGGACCAAACGAAUAGACGGCGUUUAUUAUGGGAUAAAGAGCGAAAAACCAGCUGUUUUGGCUUCACACACUCUAACACAAGACGGAGGAACAAAUAAUAAUGCUAAAAAAAUAGAUGAUGCCUUGUUCGAUGGUGAUAUUCUGGUUCUAUACGACAAAAAGAAUUAUUUAGUCCAUGCAUUCUGCAGUCUUUCAGGUGAAUGGGUUGUCUGGUCGGCAUUUCCAACCCUAAAUCCAACUAUUCAUCAAAUUAGUUCAAUGUGGAACAAGCUCAUUGAGAAAGGAAUCAUUGUACAACUUUAUCCUUCUAAAACUGUUGAACAUCCGGAGUUGAUGGAAAGUUUGAACUGACGAGAUUUUUCAAUAUUGAGUUAUAACCCUGAACAGAAAUUCAUUUAAUGGGAAUUAUAACACUGCAGUAUACUAUUUAGUACAACUACUAUAUUCUAGAAUAAAUAAGAAAACUACAGGAGUCAUUUUUUAUGCAAUUUUAGGCGUUAUGCCGUGGCUUUCUCAGUUUCAUUGUUAUCGUAAAUCGUAAUUAUGUUGUGCUAUAUUUAAGUUGCAAAUUAUACAAUGAAGACAUGAUGCAAAUGUUUUAACACUCUAAAUGCCAUUCUAAACUAGAGGAAUUCAUCUUUAUCUUCCACAAUUUGAUGAGAUAAGAUAAAAAGAUUAAUUCAUGAUUAAUAAAUUUGAUCGAAAACUACCGUACACUCUAAAUGAAAAAAGUGGGAAUUCCCACCGAAAUAUUUGGUUCACAAGGUUUUCUACUUCUUCCACCCUUUGGGUAGGUGUUUAACAUUUCCACCCUAACAACCCCACCCAAAUCGAUAGGAAGAUCAACCUUCUUGCAAGCCUGGAAACGUACUAUAACCACCCAAAGGAAGCAUGAAACCACGACAGGUUUUCAAGAUUUAAACAAUUUAUUAAAACAGUAAAUAUUCGGCCAAAUUAGGUCGCAAAUAAAUACAGUCGUAAUGAGAAAGUCAA